AUGGCUCUUCCUACUAUUCAUCGCCAAGUGGAACUGGUUCCUGUCGUGCGAUUAUCUCGGACAUUCAGUGUCUCCGCAGCACAUAGAUUGCACUCAAUCUACCUAACCGAUGAAGAAAACCAGAAGUUAUACGGGCCAUGCAACCGACAAUAUGGACACGGGCAUAAUUAUAAGAUCACCGUCUCCCUUGUAGGUCAAGUCGAUCCCCAUACUGGCAUGGUUGUAAAUCUCCGUGUGCUCAAGUCGAUUGCGCAACAGUAUGUGGCUGACCUUCUAGAUCAUCGAAAUCUAGAUAUGGAAGUCGAUUACUUCAUAAAAAGACCAUCCACGACCGAGAACUUAGCCGUAUUUAUCUGGCAGCAGAUGCGUGUAGGACUUCGAGAUAUGGGGCUCCCUGAUUCUCUACUAGAUAACAUUACGAUCGAGGAGACAGACGCGAAUUGUGUAUCUUAUUCGGGCAAGUGUGCUCCCAAUUGA